AUGAACACGACAAAGGACUACCCAAAAACGAUAUUACAUACUUUGGGUGGACGGAAAGUGGUGCGUAUCAGAAAAACCCUUGUUGUGAAGUCAGGUGACGAUCUCCGUGUGCACAAGGGGCCGACACUUCGUUUUAUCAAAGAAAACACGACGAUCCCCGUCCCUGAUGUUCAUGAUAUCCGUUGGAAAGAUGGGAAGGUUGUGGAGCUUGUCAUGGACUACAUACCGGGCAAACAGCUCAAUAAGGCCUAG